CUCCUGGCUGCCGAGAAGCUGCGCUCUAGCCGGGUUCCCCGGGGGUUUCACUGCCGCUUGUCGCCUGCAGCCUUGCUGAAGAACAACCUCAGGAGAGAGAAGUCCCCCAGCUCCCGGCCGCUUCUGGAGAUCUACUCGGCCUCAGGCCUUCCCCUGGCCAGCAUGCCGGAGGUGCUGCAGAACCGCGUGCGGGAGGCGAAGGUUUUCCACACGGAGUACGGGACGGGCGUGGCCAUCCUCACCGGGGCGCACCGCUUCUCCCUCACCACCAACAUCGACGACCUCAAGCUGCGCAGGAUGCCGGAGGUGCCAGGUCUGCAGAAGCUGCCCUCCUGCUGGGCCGUCCUGUCCCAGGACAGAGUCACCCUCAUCUUGCUAGCGGUCGGCCAGGACCUGUACCUCCUGGACAGCACGUCCUGCUCCGUGGUGACUCCCCCAGGAAUGAGCCCCCAUGCUGGCGCGUACGUGCAGAUGGCCGUGUCCUUCAACUACCGCUACCUGGCCCUGCUGACCGACACUGGCUCCAUCUGGAUGGGGACGGCCUCGCUGAAGGUGAGCGCCUCCCCGCCCGCACUCGGGGGUCUGGAGUCUGCUCCCUGGGUCGUGCAGGGCUCCGCCCAGCCAGCUGAGGGCUCGGCCGCGACCCCUCUGGGGGCAGAGCCUUGCCUCGGUGCCAGUGCUGCUCCUGGGGACGCGGCAGCGCCGAAAGAGAGCCAGAAGGCGGACGAGUACCUGCGCCCAUCGGCUCCUCCCCGCCUGGCGCAGCUCUUCCGUGCAGGCUCCCGGGCUGACCCCUGGCGCUCUCGCCCCCAGAAAGAGAGCCAGAAGGCGGACGAGUACCUGCGGGAGAUCAAGGACCAGAAGCUGCUACCGGAGCGCGCUGCCUCUGCCCCAGUGUACACCGUCGUGCUGCACCUCAAGAACGAACUGAACCGCGGCACCUUCUUCAUGACGCUGCAGAAGCAGCCGGUGGCUCUGAGCCUCUACCGCCAGUUCUGCAAGCACCAGGAGCUGGAGACGCUCAAGGACCUGUCCAACCAGGACGACGAUCACCAGGAGCUCGGGAACUUCCACGUCCACGCCAGCUACUCCAAGGAGCAGGUGGGUCGGCGGAGUGAGCAGAGAGCCCAGGCCUUCCCUUGGGAGCCCCGGUGUCUGCGCCGCCCUCAGGGGAAGCGGCAGGGGGGGGGGUGCCUUGCGCGCAGGGAUGGCGGGUGCCCGGGGAGAGGCCCAUCCCGUGCGCCCAGCCUGGCCUCUGCUCCACAGGCCACGGAGGAUCAGAUCAAGCUGCUGCGGAUGCAGCGCCGCUUGCAGGACGAGUUGGACAAGCCCUACGUGGACUUCUCCCUGCACGACACCGUCUACAGCCUCAUCCUGGACGGCAGCCACAAGCGGGCGGAGCAGCUGUACCGCGACUUCCGCAUCCCCGACAAGAGGUUCUGGUGGCUGAAGAUCAGCGCCCUGGCUGAGCGGGACGACUGGGAGGAGCUGGAGAAGUUUUCCAAGAGUAAGAAGUCGCCCAUUGGGUACUUGAGAGUGGACCAAGCCGCCGACGCUGCCAUUGAGCACAAGAACGAGACGGAGCUGAACCUCGUCCUGGCCAAGUGCACCGCAGCCACCGACUCCGCGGUCACAGAGAAGAUCCACCGUGCGAAAGCUCAGCUCCUGAAGAAGUAACCCUGCCCCGCACCCGGCCCCUUGGAGCAGUGGCUGGAGCCACGGGCUGGCCACCUUCCUGGGGCGUUGCAGGUGGCCUGGGGUGCGGGGAGCAGCGCUUGCAUGGCACGCUCCGGUGCAGCCAGCUGUCUGGCUGUGAGCUGGGCUCCCGUCCCACGAGGAAGCCUUAUCCUGCCCUGGGCAGGUGCCUGUCCCCAGCUUCUUCCCCUGAACUGCCCCUGGCUUCUCUCAGCACAAAAGCUGCUGGAGCCAGCCUGCCGGUCAGGCACCACUGGGGCUUGUGGCAGGGGG